AUGAACGGUCCUGACCACUAUGAACAUUUUGUCGUCCCUCAAGGCACCAAAAAGGUGUCGUACGAGACGGACCCGAAGAUAAUCAACGUUGUGUUGUUCACCAUCAAGAGGGAGGACCACACAAUCGGCAACAUUCUUUGCAUGCAAUUGCACAAGGACCCGAAUGUUUUAUUCGCCGGGUACAAGCUUCCUCACCCCCUUAGCAUAAAAUCAUUAUUAGAGCUCGUUGUUAUAAACCCAUUUAGUACUACCACGUUAUAUGCAAGAAAUUAUAAGCUCUACAUGAUGAAGAACUUGCCCACUGAAACAUAUAUUCAUGGUGAAUAA